UAGGAGGAGAACUUUAACGGUUCAUAUAUUCAUAACGCCUUCAACACAUUGACAGAAACAGAGAAGACCUUUACAUCCUCGAAAUGAUUAUCUACUGGACAACGAUCCUAAACAUUUUCAUCAUGUCUGAUAAAGUCAAAGGCUGGAAUUCCUCAGAUAUUACCUCUCCGCCAAACAAUAUUAAGCUUCAAGCUUUGGACAUGUGGAGACUUAAGAUUGAGUGGAAUAUAAAUCAAAACAAACAGAGAAUUGAAGUGUAUGAAAUACAAGUUGGACGCACAAAAAACAUGGAUAUUAUUUAUAGCGUGAAUGUUAGCAGAGGAUUACACGCAGUGAUCUGGAGCUCUCAGCUGCCUCUGAACUGUGUAAAUCACGCUGUCAGAAUAAGACUCAUCACUGCAGCUUCAACAUUCAGCUCCUGGAGUCCAUGGAAAACCAACUACGGCGAGGUGAGCUCGGAUGAAAUCCUGCUGUUUCCAGAUGACCAGGUGUUACGUGAAGGCUCAACGGUGAUGUUCUGCUGUGUUUAUCCCAGAGACACUUCACACAUCAGCUCAAUGUUCUUGGGCAACACUGCCUACAAAGUCAUCAACAUCAGCCCCCGAGUCAAAGCCAUUCGAGUGGACAACCUCAAAGCCACCAAUACAUACGGCGUCAACUUCUACUGCGAUUUGACCAGUGAUGUAGCUUAUAACUUUGUCACUUUUCCUCCUGAGAAACCUCAGCACUUCAGAUGCGAGACUGCAGACAUGCAUAACAUCCACUGCUCAUGGGAAAUACUCAGAGCUCCAAACCUAAACGGCAGUUAUAGAAGGACGUACACACUACUAAUCAGUGACUCCAGAACUGUAAGCUGUAAUUUCAAUCCUCCAUCCUGCAGUUUUAAAGUUGUGCCACAUCAGAUCACCUACAACGUCACCUUACUUGUGAGAAACAGUUUGGGACGAGAGAGCGAAUCUGACAUAUUCAAUAUCACAGACAGAGUUUUUCCGAUGCCUCAGCGUCUUGAAGCGACUGCAGGUGUGUUUGAUUCACUGGUGAUCUUACAUCUGAACGGCAGUUUCAGCGGACUUCAACUAAUUUGCCAGAUUGAACUUGAGCCAGGAGGAACCGUACAGGAGUCCGUUCAGGAUGGAUCAGACUCAGUGCAGCUGUAUUUGUUCAGACUGCAAAACCUCAAGCCAAGCACACAGUACGCCAGCAGAGGGCGCUGCGCAGUACAGGGCAAACACUGGAGCCAUUGGACAGCACAGCAGCUCUUCAUCACAGAGCCUCUAGUGACUGUAGAACUGUGGAGACAAAUCAAGAAACAUCCCAAUCGCAACAUCACACUUCUGUGGAAACCUGUCAGCAGUGACCCGCAGCUGUACAUUGAAGUGUAUGAGGUGUGUGUGAGCAGCAUUAGUCCACAGAGGAGUGUGUGUAUGAACGUCACACAGACGCAGGUGGAGUUAAACGCAGAUCUCCACAUGUAUGAUGUCACCGUGCAGGCUGUCAUUCGCACUGGUCUAUCUGUACCGUCACACAUCACCAUUCCUUCAGCAUAUACAGAGGAAAAGGCUAUUUUUGCUUCACAUUCAGUCGUAAAGAGGAUUAUGGGUAAUGAUGAGGGAUUCCAGCUCACCUGGACGAGAGACUCUGGUGCUACCUGUGAUUAUGUCGUAGAGUGGUGCAUACUGGGUAUUGAGCCUCCCUGCAAUUUACAGUGGAGGAAGGUUCCAACCAAUCAGACAUAUUUACAGCUGAACGCAGGAGAUUUUACAGCAGGAGUUCAGUACAUGUUUAAAAUCUAUGGCUGUGGCGCUGAUGGACCCAGACUUCACGAGAAACAGACUGGAUACCUCAAAGAACUGAGGCCAAAGCAGUACCCAACACUGCUCUCUCAUCCAGACAUCACCUGCUCAUCUGUAAACCUGACAUGGAGAUUUAAUGAGCAGGAUCCCAAACACCCUGGAUUCAUUACAGGAUAUGUGAUCAGAGUCCGUUCAGAAAGCGGUUCUGAACUCCUUUCCUUCAGUGAGUCGGUGAAUGACCCUCACAGCAAGUCUCUGACUGUCAGCGGACUCCAGGAGAACCAGCCGUACACAUUUCACCUGGCUGCCUGUACUUCUGCAGGCUGUGGACCAGAAAGCAGAGCCACCUUCAGAACCAGACAGAACUGUGAGCUCAAAACUGACACAAACAACAGCAUAACAGAGCACAAGACUGCUAUAUGGCAUACUUAA